AUGACUGUCACUGCACCCUUCACUAUCCGCUGGGGAAUCAUCUCCACAGGACAGAUCGCCACGGACUUUACUCAGGACCUGCUGGUCGACCCUUCGCUCCGCGGCGUGUCGGAUGUCAAGCACGUAGUUGCGGCGGUCGGCUCGCGAAGUGUCGAGUCGGCCACCCGCUUUAUCACCAAGCUCAAGGGCGCUCCGACCACCGACUUGUGGUCCUGGGGUGUGCAGCAGGGCAUGCUCGACGAGACCAAGGCCCUUGGAUCCUACCAGGAGGUGUACAAUGACUCUAACGUUGAUAUCAUCUACAUCGGCACUCCAGUGACGCACCACCACAAGGAUGCCAAGGCUGCUCUCCUCGCCGGCAAGCACGUCCUUUGCGAGAAGGCCUUCACGUUUGACGUGGCGGAGCUGGAUGAGCUCAUCGCCAUCGCCAAGGAGAAGAACCUCUUCCUCAUGGAAGCCGUGUGGACCCGCUUCCACCCAAUCUCGUACGCGAUCCAGGAUGUCCUCAAGUCUGGUGUCCUUGGAGCACCCAAGCGCAUGCAGGCAGACUUCUCCAUCGACUUCAAGGUCGACAACAGGCCGCUGUCUGACCGUUUCCUGGACGCCAAGCUCGGCGGCGGCGGUCUGCUCGACAUGGGCCCCUACCCUUCGGUGUGGGCCAUGCUGCUGUUGCACCAGCACCCCCUCAACACCAAGCGCGUCCCCCCCGCGUUUGUCAACAGCUACCAGCGCAAGUACACCAAGCGCGGCACGAACGUGGACGCUCGUUCCCGCUGGCUGUUGGACUUUGAGGAGCUCGGGUGUGAGGCCCAGCUCAUGACCGACAUGACCUGCCACGGCUACAAGCAGGGUGCUGUGCUGCUGCAGUGCGAGAACGCGGACCUUGUCAUCGACUACCAGCCUCAGAAGCCCGACACCUUCCGUAUUAUCCCCAACGAUGGCAGUGACGCCACCGUCAAGGCCUCGACCCACCACGUCCCCAUCCCGGCUGAGCUGGGCCACGGACUGCACUUUGAGGCGGACGAGGUUGCCCGUUGCAUCCGCGACGGCAAGAUUGAGAGCGAGCGUAUGCCCCUGUCGGAGAGCCGAAUUGUGCAGAGCUGGUUUGACGACGUGCGCAAGAACGGUACGACGGAUCUCAAAGACAUGAAGGGCACUGCGGGGCUGUAG